AUGGGCGGCAAGGCGAAGGGAAAGACGAGCGGCACGGAGGGCACCGCCCCCACCGCAUCGAACCCCGCGGAGGAUGCGCUGAACAGCGUCCUUGACGGGCUUGAUACCCCCGAGGAGAAGCUCGCGGCGCUCUCCGCCAAGUUUCUCGAGCUGCAUAAAGAUCUGCGGAGGACGAGCAGGCGUUGCGACGAGGCCGAGGGCAAGGUUGGCAUGGCGCUCGUCGAGAGGGACGCCGCGCGGCAGGAGCUGACGAAGAACGCUGAGGUGAACGAUAAGCUCCAAGCCCUCUGCCGCACGCUCCAGGGUGCGAACAAGGAGACCUCCGCGCUACUCCGCGAGCGCGAGGAGGCCCAGCUCAAACUUCGCGAGGACCUCGAGGCCAAGUUCGAUGAGGGGCUGGGCGCGGUCAGCAAGCGCAUCGAGGAGUCCGCAUCCGUCAGAGACGACCUCCUCAAGGAGAACGACACCCUGAGGGACCACCUGAAGAAGCUCGUGGCGCGGGGCGAUCUCCAGCAGGAGACCUACGCAAAGGCUAAAGAUGCGUUCGACCUGGAGAAGCAGCUACUGGAAGCCAGGCUCGCCGAAGCCGUGGCGUUUAACGACCAGCUCACGGCUAAACUGCAACAGAGGGAGGAGGAGAGCAAGGGGUACCUGGAGCAGCUGUCCGGCUACGCGGACAAGUUCGAUACCUUCCAGGGGGUCAUCUCGCAGAGCAACGAGACGUUCACGCAGUUCAAGACGGACAUCGCCGAUCUCUCCAAGAAGCUCAUCGAGAGCGAGGCGGCGAAGCGGGAGAUGGAGGCUAAGACGCUGAAAAGCGACGUGGCGAUGAUCAAGCUGCUGGAAGAGAGGGAGCAGCUCACGGCGCAGUGCGUGAGCCUCAAGGCGAAGAAGGACAAGCUCGAAGGUCUCUGUAGAGCCCUCCAGAAGCAAACAAUCUCGGGCGACAAGGAAAACGCCAAGGCUGCGGCGUGA